AUGGCCGGGCAGGGAUCAGGUGGUGCCGACCAGGACAUGGAUGUCAUUGGUUGGGAUGGUGGUGCGGAGGGACAGGAGCUCGAUAGUGAGUUCAGAACUGGCGAGUGUUUGGAGGUGGAAUUUGAGGACGAUGAUGAGCUACCAGACGAUGACGGCGAUGAAAUGGGUGAAGAUGAGGAGAUUGGUGUGGUUCCGGAGAACGAAAUCUACUCAGAUGAGGACGCCGGUCCUCAUGUAGAUGACGCCUUGGUGAAGGUUGUCCAUGCGGAGAGUGUCCUCUCGGUGGCCAUCAGCCCGACGAAUCGGAGCAUGCUCUUGACUGGUGGACAGGAUGAUGUUGCGGUGCUGUGGACGAUCGAGGAGGAGACCGGCGGCUGCAAAUGCAAAGAGAGAUGUCGCCUGCAAGGACACACGGAUUCAGUAGUGGAUGUUGCUUUUAGCACGGAUGGUGUCUAUGCAGCCACAGGAUCUUACGACGGCACCGUGAGGAUAUGGAACAGUGGUGAUGGAUCACUGGUUCAAUGCUUGGAAGGGCCCUCCAAGGAAGUGGAAUGGAUACUUUGGCAUCCGAAAGGUCAUGCCAUUCUGGCAGGGUCAAACGACACCAUGGCUUGGAUGUGGUGGGCACCGACUGGCAAAGUCAUGCAGAUCUUUGCGGGCCAUGCUGCGGGCGUUUCCUGUGGAUGUUGGGGGCUGGGUGGCAAGGUUGUCGUCACUGGUUCUGAAGACCAUGGCAUCAUCGUGUGGAAUCCACGUGCUGGAACCCCACAACAUCACAUUCGAGAGGUGCAUGAAAGCUCCGUCAUCUCCAUCUGCUCGCAUCCCGAAUCCCCAAUCGUCGUAACAGGUGCGGAAGAUGCUACAGCCAAAGUUGUGCAGAUUGAGACUGGCAAGGUGCUUGCGCCCCUGCCGGGUCACAUCGACUCUGUAGAAGCUGUGGCGUUUAGCAAUUCCAGCAAGGGAACGCUUCUCCUUGCCACCGGCAGUAUGGAUGGAACCGUCCAGAUUUGGGAUGCGAAAUCGAUGGAUCUCAGAUGUACAGUGAAGGAGCACUUUGAGAAAGGUGGUAUUGUGAAACUAAAGUGGCUUCCUGGGUCAACCUUCGGCAAUUGGUUUUGCACUUGUUCCACCGACAAGACUCUGCGCUUGUUCAAUGGCCUUUCGGGAGAAUGUUUGAGAACGUUGCAGGGCCACUCCGAGACAGUGAUGGGACUCGAUUUGGCCAUAGGGGAGGCAGAUGGGAAGCCACAGCUGAUUGUUGCAUCUGCUUCAGAGGACAAAAGCUGUCGAGUUUUCGUCGUGGCGUUGUGGACCGCUGGCGUCGAGGCCACACCCAGCCAACUGAGCCCAGUGGCUGGCUAUGGAGGAUUUGGUUCAGCCGGGAUGCCAACUGCGGCCUAUGGCCGCCCAUCUCCUGCUUUGCAGGCAACUGGUGCCGGCUUGGAAGCACCGCAAGAAUCUCCCAAGGGAAGCGUGAAGCCUCCGAAGUUUGCAGAAGCGAUUCAGCACGCCGCAGCAUGCCUCCCUGUUGGCCUCGCUUCUCGUCGUGUCAGGCAACACCACUUGCAAGUCCAGGGGAUGCGCUUGGGCCUUGACACAGUGCUGGAAGCAAACAGUGCCGUGUGCCCUGAAAUCGAUGCAUCAAAGCGAAGAAAUCGAAGGUUUUGCGCUGAGGUGCAGAACUUGUACAAAACCCACAAGGCCGCCUUGGCCUUGUGCCUUAGUGUUCUCUUGGGAGCAGGAUGUUCUGCAGGUGCUGGAGGUAUCUUUCUCUAUCAGACAGAUCCCAGCUUUGAACGCUCCGUCCGAUUCUGGCGCCGUGCGGGGCCCAUUGUUGCGCACUACUUUCUGGAACGUUGGCGUGGAAGUGACGAUGCGGAUCGUGCUGCUCGCUACCAACGGCUCCAUGGGCUCUAUGCGCCCGAAGCGCGGAAGGUGGUGGAGGAGCUUCGUGGAAUGUUCGUGAAGGUUGCCCAAGUUCUAAGCGUGCGCCCGGAGGCAGUUCCAGAGGAGUAUCGCAAUGAGUUCCGGAAGCUGCAAGACUGUGCUCCCCCAGCCCGCUGGGACCCCAUCCGACAUGUGCUGGAGCGGGAUCUCGGUGCUCCUGUUGCAGAGGUCUUUGAUCAAAUAGAUCAGGAACCUUUGGGGGCUGCCAGCAUUGGACAGGCACAUCGUGUGGUUUGGCAAGGAAGGCCUGCAGUCGUCAAGGUGCAGUAUCCUGAUGCUGCCGCCAUGCUUAGAGCAGAUUUCCGAUGCCUUGAGCUAUUGCUAUGGCUUGUCAGCCAAGAUGCACUUGCCAUCAUGAGCCAGGUUCGACACCAGUUUGCGACUGAGCUGGACUAUGAGUCCGAGGCAAACCAUCUUCGGGAGUUGCACGCCGCUUUUCAGGUAGCACCACAUUUCCAGGGCAAGGUGGUUUUGCCCGAGCCCAUACCAGAGCUCACCAGCGGCCACGUGAUAGGCAUGGGUUAUUUGGAAGGCUCCAAGCUGGAACUUGCCUUGAGGACUCGCUUGGAGGCUUUGGGUGUUGAUUUGGGGAAGCAAGGCAUAGGUGAAUGGCUUGCAGCACAACAGCGCAACGGUUUGAGCAAGAAUUUCAGUUCCCAGAGCGACGGUGUAGGACGUCAGAUGUUGGAAUCCGAGGCUGAG